AUGAAAGCCACAUACGUUUCUCUCUUUUUUUUCAUAUUACUAUUUUGCGGUGUUUUUGAAUAUAAAGCAUCAUCAAUUGAUGAUAAAGCAUUACCCGUUGAUGAUAAAGCAUUACCAGUUGAUGAUAAAGAAUUACCCGUUGAUGAUAAAGUAUCACCAGUUGAUGAUAAAGUAUCACCAGUUGAUGAUAAAGAAUUACCCGUUGAUGAUAAGGUAUCACCAGUUGAUGAGGCAAAUACUCCAAAAGCUAAUAAUGCUAACUUAGAAAACAUAAUAAAUAAAGUAUUUAAGAAUGAACGAAACAAAAAGAUAGCAGCUAUAGCCGCUUCUAUUGUAGGAUCAACACUCGCCUUUGCUUUAACACUUGCUUGUAUGAACCCUGAAGUCCGCAACAAAUUUAGAAUUAAAAAACGUUUUAACGAGUUUGAUGAUAUAGACACCCCUAGAGAUAUAUCAUUAAUAAACCCAGUCGAAAAUCCAUACCCAGAAAAAUACCCAGAACAACUCCCAGAACAACUCCCAGAACAAUAUCCAGAACAAACCCCAGAACAAUACCCAGAACAAAGCGCAGAACAAUAUCUAGAACAAUAUCAAAAACACUAUACAAAACGAUUUCUAGAACAUUACCCAAAUCCUCCAUAUUCAGAACAAAUACCAAGCGAUCGUACAUAUAGUUAUAGCCCCAGUGAAGAUGGAACGUUUAACACAUAUUAUAUGGCAUCAGAUACUCAGGAAUCAUAUAAUAAUUUAUUUGUAGAUGAGAAUAAGGAAGGAAUAGUUGACUUUAUAGAAUAUAGAGAUGAAUUAAGCGAUUUAAUGAAAGAAGCACAAGAAACUUAUGGCAUGGAUGAGAAACCAUUCGAUCCAUACAUAUAA